CACGAUUGAUUUUAAAGUAAAAUGUAUACAUUUUAAGUAUAGAAAUUAACAUCAAAUAUUUUUUUAUUGUUAUCGGCUAUUUCAAAAUAGGCUUUAUGUCAUGUCGAUAAACUGUAAGCAGUGUGAAGUGUAGAUGGUAUUUUUUUCGAAUUCAAGACUGAAUUCGAUUAUGUUAAAAUACGAGCUUGAGGGAGAUGAUUCCAAGUCAGUGUCAAUGACUGACUCACUUCAACUUCAGGCUUCAGCUCAGCGGUGUCUCACUGACUGUGACUCGGCACUGACUUAUUUAGGUGGACUUUAAAGUUUAUGGAUAGGGAAAAAAAUAAUUGAAGAAAUCUAAGCUAUGGAAUUAAAUAAAAAUCACGAGAAUCAAUCGCUGUGUUGUGCGGAAGGUGUUUUAUCUCCUAAUAAGCAAUAGUCACAAAUAUGGAGUCUAACAGCAGGGAGUACAACACAUCGGAAAAAUUGUCCAGUGCUAAAAUGGGAUUUUGCGGGUCGAAAUCCAAUGCCAUGAGUGUUAAAGAUGGUGUCAUACAGAAUGAAUGUUUCGUCGAUGUUCUGAACAUAAUCCCUCAUGCUCUACUCGCUUUGGUCAGCAUAUUUAUACUGACCGUCUGGAAUCAUUCGGUCAUCGGGAAGCUGAAGGUAAAAACAUGGGUGCAUUACCAGUGCCACAAUCUGCGAUGGAUCUGCACGUUAUCUCUGCUUGCAACCAUCAUCGUUGAGAUAGCUGAGGGCUUCAUCAGUGACCUCAAUGACCCAGACUCCACAAACUACCAUGCGUUUGUGCCGGCCUGCGUUGCGUUUCUUGGGGCCUUACUUAGCAUUAUAUUCUACCACAAUGUGGAGCAGUGGAACUCUCCCCGUUUUCUUUUGCUGUUGCUCGUCUACUGGCCCAUGGCAAUAGUCCUGAAAUUUUUGAAGGCCUUGUCCAUUUUUAGGAAUGACCUGACCUUAGACCAUUUGAAGGUGUGGUUGGCCAUAAUUGAUAUCACCUUCUACAUGAUAUUGUUUAUUAUUGAGCUCAAUGUUCUUCGCUGUCAGAGAUAUGCAUUUUUUAAAAAUCACAGACGGAUGAGACCUCCGAGUGAUCUAGAAAACACCAAAUAUUUUCAAUCUUAUGUGAAUCUCCUGUCGCAGGCAGUAUAUUGGUGGGUCACUGACCUGUUAAUCCAGGGCUUUAAACACCCACUCACACUUAAAGAUCUCGGCAGACUUCCCCAGAGUGAGAAAUCGUCAAGGAUGUACAAAAAACUCCAGCUAAUAUUUGAAGAAGAAAAGUACAAAGCGACACAAAAGAAGAAAAAGCCCUCACUCAUGCUUAGUGUUCUGAGAGGAUCUUGGCAGAUGCUUUUUCUCUCUGGUUUGUUCCGCUUGGUAGGUGACUGCCUGGCCUUUGUAGGUCCUUUACUCAUAGAACGUAUCGUGGAUUAUGCUUAUGAUGUGGAUGACCACAGAGCUGCGAUGGCCUCCGCUAACUAUACAAGACCAGUUAAAGUAUAUCCAUUUGUGACUGUGGGACAGUUCUUCAGCAAUGGCUACGUGCUCUCUGUGGUACUGUUGUUAGCCUCUGUCCUGCAACACACCUUGUUACAGAAUCACCAUUUCAUUGUUAUACGAGAGGGUAUACGCAUUAGGACUGCUGUGCAGACCAUGGUGUACAGUAAAGCCCUGAAGUUGUCUACCCUAGAAUUAAAUGGUGGCUCUACCACUGUGGGACAGGUCAUGAACCAUAUGUCUAUAGACUCCACAUUUCUCAUGUUUUUCUUCUUUUUUGUUCACUACGUUUGGGCCAUCCCUUUGCAGGUGGCUUUGUCUUUGUUGAUCAUGUAUUACAAGUUAGGUCUGGCUGCUCUGAUAGGAGGUCUGUUUGUUAUAGCUGCUGGUCCAGUCAUGUACUUUCUAGGAGUGGCCAUGUCUAAUAUUCAAAAGAAAAUUAUGGUACAUUCGGAUAAAAGGGUAAAAAAAAUUAAUGAGGUGAUCCAAGGUAUAAAAGUCAUUAAACUGCUUUCUUGGGAGAAAGGUUUUAUUGAUUCCAUACAACGAACUCGAAAAGAAGAGCUCUCCUCACUAUUUGCAAACAACGUGUAUAAAGCAUUAAUGGGAUUUGUUGGUAUUUGUGCACCUGUUAUAGGAACACUUCUGACAUUUGUGUUGUAUCCAGUAUUGGAAGAGAAACCUCUAACAGCAGGGAAAACAAUGGCAGUAUUAGCUUUAUUUAAUCUUCUGCAAGGACCAUUACAAAUAAUGUCACUUCUGUCUGCUUCAGUAGCCAAUGCCCUAGUAAGUGCUCGUAGACUGCUGCCGUAUCUCACAGCCAGUGAGGUCACCAAGCCCCAGUCUUCACUGCCUAGUUUUUCAAAGUCCUGCAGCGUUGGCUUGGACUCAUCUGCGCCCUCAGGACAUGCAACAAUAGAAAAACUGGAUUCCGUACUCUCGGUUGAUGGGAAAAGCCAGUCACAUCAUGGCACUUUUGAACUCCUGCCACUAGAUAAAGACCAUCGCUCAAGUCGAAUCAGCCUGAAUUCCAGUGCUAGUGUUAAGGUGAACACACCCAGCCAUACUGCCAACGAUGGACGCGGGGACCAGAAGCUGACGGCUCACACUGGUGUACCCUUGAGCAGCAGUGGAGGAAGCAUGAAGGCCAGUUUUCUGGAGCCGAAGAGGACCAAUCUGAGCCGCAAUGCUACCAGCUCAGAACUGCUUGAUGUUAAGCCGAAUCCUGCACUCAUUAGGAAGUCAAGUGCCCCAGCCCUGGCUGUUUCGGAAAUUACGGGUGAUUAUAAACGGAGAAGACAUCACAGUCAGCGUUCUGUUGAAGAUGACGAAAACGCUAUUGAAGAUGGUUCCAUCAUGGACCUGUUUAACACUGUGGAGGUACAAGGUGGGAACUUCUCAUGGGAUUUGAAGAAACAAGAAGUUUCCUUGAAAGAUAUAACUGUCAAAAUACCAACAGGUAAACUGACAAUGAUUGUAGGACCAGUUGGCUCUGGUAAAUCUUCAUUACUUUCUGCUUUUCUGGGGGAAAUGGCUCAAAUAUCUGGAACUAUGUUUAAGCCAAGGAAUAUCAGUAUAGCAUAUGUCUCACAGAGACCUUGGUUGCUGAAUGCAUCCCUCAAAGAGAACAUAACUUUUGGCAAGCCAUUUGUAUGGAGAAAAUACAAGAAAGUCAUUUCAUCCUGUGCAUUAAGUUCUGAUAUUGACCAGCUGCCUGCAGCAGAUAACACUGAAAUUGGCGAAAAGGGUGUCAAUUUAAGUGGAGGCCAAAAACAGAGAGUAACUAUAGCCAGAGCUUUGUAUGCCGAGGCAGACGCAAUAUUUCUAGAUGACCCGUUCUCUGCCCUGGACAGUUAUGUGGGCAGGCAUGUCAUGGAGGAGGCUGUACUGAAGAGGCUCGUUAAGAGGAACAAGACGGUUGUCAUGGUUACUCAUCACAUACAGUACUUGACCUAUGCCCACCAGGUCAUUGUCAUGUCCAACGGUCAUAUUCAUUAUCAAGGGAAAGUGGGCGAAGUGAAGAAGUUUGACCCUGACCUUUAUGAAGUCUGGAGGAAAGCCAUUAAAGACGCCAAGGCAGCGGAAAUAAACCAAAAGUUUGAAGGCGGGGAUUACCUCCACCUGGAGAGAAAACAUAGCGGUGGUAGUCAGGUUAGUCAUGAUACAAUGCCUCGUCCUUCUUCCUCCCAGUUCCUUAGACGUCAAUCGCAGCUCAGUGUGCCAGGCAUGACUGCGGGAUUUCCCGUCACACGCAAAAUGUCGGCCAUGUCUGUGAUGACUGAAGCUAGUAAUGAAGAUGCAGGAGAUCUUAGUCCCCAUGAUGACGAAGUGGAUGAAGGUGCGGCACAAGUGAAAGGUGCUACAGACCAAUCUGAAGAAAAAGGGAAACUAAUCAAGCAGGAGUUUCGAGAAACUGGUGCAGUGAAUAUGUGGGUCUACUUGAGAUAUUUACGUUCGUGCUCUGUGACCCUGUGCAUAUUGUCACUUCUCCUACAACUGAUCUAUCAUUCUUUGAUAGUAGCUUCCAACUUUUGGCUCUCUGUGUGGUCCAGCGAUUCCAAUUUUUAUGCACGGAACGCAACAGCUCAUGCUAGAAACAACACUGUGGAUGUGGAGUUUGACAACACGCCCUACCUCAUGACCUUUAUCUACCUGUCUGUCGGCUCUGUGCUUGCCACUUUGGUUGGAUGUCUUAUCAUUUAUCAGACAGGCUACGUGGCAUCUAAGAAUCUCUUUACCAACAUGUUGGUCACUGCCAUGCACUUCCCAAUCAGGUUCUUUGACACUAAUCCAAGUGGAAGGAUUAUCAACAGAUUCUCAGGAGAUGUGGUGGCCAUUGACCAACGUCUGGGAGGUCACAUAGAGAAUCUACUACGCUGUACAUUUUUCACCAUGUCUGCCAUUAUUGUCAAUGCAGUGACGUCCCCUUACUUCCUUUUUGCUGCUGUGCCCUUUUUCAUUUUGUACUACUGCUUGCAACGUUUUUUCCGAUCAACUGCAAGAGAACUGCAGAGGUUAGAUAGCAUUACAAAAUCUCCAAUAUUCUCUCAUUUCUCUGAGACUCUCAAUGGUCUGGCAGUCAUAAGAGCAUUUGGGGUACAGACUGACUUUAAAAGAAGAGCAUUCAAAUCUAUAGAUGUGAACGUCACCCCAUUUCUGUUCAUCCAUACAGCCAACCGGUGGCUCGGGAUACGUCUGGAUUACAUGAGCUGUCUGAUGGUCUUUAUCUCUACUGUGGCCAGCUUGAGUUCUGGGCUACAUGGAAUGUCUAAUCCAGCAUUUAUAGGAUUGUGCAUCACAUAUGCACUUAUGGUCUCAGGACAGUUGAAUUGGAUUGUACGUAUUUCAACUGAGGUGGAGAUGAGCAUGAAUGCAGUCGAGAGAGUCUUGGAAUACACUGACAUGGAAGUGGAAAAGUUAGUCACAGCCGAAGCUGCCGUCUCAGUUCCUGAGUCCUGGCCCAGUGUUGGCAGGGUAGAAUUCAUUGACGUCACCUUGAGCUAUGCUCUGGACCAAGACCCUGUACUACAUAAAGCUUCAUUUGUAAUAGAGGGGGGACAGAAGAUUGGUAUUUGUGGCAGGACAGGAAGUGGGAAGUCCUCCACCAUUCUUGCUCUUUUUCGAAUGCUGGAGAUUAUCGAAGGCACUAUCUUGAUAGACUCCUUGGACAUUAAGAGAGUUGACCUUGCCACACUGCGGGCUAGGCUGGCCAUCAUUCCUCAGGAUCCAGUACUUUUUACAGGAACUAUCAGAUUUAACCUUGACCCCAAUAAUGUCAAGUCUGAUGAAAAGUUGUGGUCAGUAUUGGAAACUGUCCAGAUGAAAGAAGCUGUGACUGCCCUGCCAGAACAGUUAGAUGCCCAAGUUACUGAAGGGGGAGAUAAUCUAAGUGUGGGCCAGCGGCAGUUAAUAUGCAUGGCUCGGGCAUUUCUGAGAGAUGCCAAGAUCAUCAUCAUGGACGAAGCCACAGCCUCCAUUGACCAGGAAACUGACAGCAAGAUCCAGUCCAUUUUACACAGUGCCUCCCAGCAGCAUAAAACUAUUAUAACAAUUGCUCAUCGCAUAUCAACCAUCAUGAACUACGACAAAGUAUUGGUCUUAGAAUACGGUGAAGUGAAAGAGUUUGGACCCCCGACAGAACUGGCUAGCAAUGAGCUCAGUGUAUUUUACAGCCUCUUGCACGGGACACAAGACUCAAACAUCAAAUGAGCGUUGUGUGCUCACCAAAAUGGAAUCCUAAACUGCUGGACAUAUCAACCCUUCCCAAGCCUUCUUUAUCAUCAUUUGUUCUACUGGUAACUGUCUCAACUGCAUCAGGCUGUGAGUCCUCUCAGGUAGACGCAACAACAGCCGACCAUAUUAAAUAGAAUUCGUAAUUGGAUUAAAUAGAAAAUUAAAUACAAGGAUAAUUUGUUUCCCACAAGCUCAACUAACUAAAUGCUUUCUUGUAAAUAAGUCUACUUUCCCCCAGGGGAAAGGCUUUGUAUAAAACUUCCUGAAAUGUCUUUUCCCCAUUGGUGACGCUCGAUUGGUUCAGGACAUGAUUAGAUAAUGUUGUUAGUGUGCGACCACCUGUACACUAUUUGGGCAACUUGGCAAAGCUUUGUUAAAGCUUGUUAGAUUCAGAUUUAUUUUUUUUUAACUAUUUUUGAGUCUUGGCAUGUAGAUUUUUAUUUGGCCCGAUUGCUUGCAAAUGUAAAAUAUAUUUUUGGAAUGUUUUUUAUCAUUUCUUACCGGUUUUUUGGUCAUAACCUAUUUCUCUGUUCAACAAACUCUCAUUGUGUUCUGGUUCAUGUGAUUGAGAAUUUUUUGUAUUUAUUACUUGGUUUUAUAAACCUCAGUUGACAUCAACAGACUUACCUCUGAAGCAUCUUUCUAACUAUGUAGCCUUCCUCUGUUAGCUGUCUUAUCCCUAAAUACCUACAAUUCCCUAUGUAGCGUUCCUCUGUUAGCUGUCUUAGCCCUCGCUGCAAGUUUUUAGGUAGCUUUUCUCUGUUAGCUGUCUUAGCCCUUGCUGCAAGUUUUUAGGUAGCUUUCCUCUGUUAGCUGUCUUAGCCCUCGCUGCUAGUCCGUACGCAGUUUUCCCAUUUGCUCUUUUAGCCUCACUAAAAGCUCCCACAAGGUCUGAAAAGGGAACUUUACAUUUUACUUUACAAAAGCUCCCAUAGCUUCCAACUGAUGGACUUAAAGCCCUGCUGUUAGAUUGUUUCAUCGUGACAAAAGGUCAGGGCUGUGAGAGUCUUUGUCAUAGUACCCUGUUCUUUUUUGUGUGUAACUACUUGAUUGUACAUUAUUAGAUAAGUCAUGAAUCUAUAGAGUGUGCUAGUGUAUAAUGUUAGGCACUUCCACGCUGUGUCUUAUGCAGAUAAGUCAAAUGGAGGUAACUCUCAAAUAAUGAAAUCAAAUAACACAGGCCAAAGGCCAACAGUAUAAGUUAAUCGACGCUGAUACCGAAUGUUGAAGCUAAAUUUCUACAUUCAUAAAACCUGCCUCUCUCUAUAGCCAUCGAAAGUAGUCUACAUUACACUAUUCUUCCCAAGAUUCCUAGUCUUGUGUUUACUAGUCUUGUCAUUGUAUCUAAGUCAAAACUUUCUCUUUCUAUGAAACAAAUAAUUAAUUCCUAGUUGUACCAUAAUAAAAUCAGAUCUAACAUAAAAUUAGCAAUGAGAAAAUACUAUGAGUCCAUCUAGCAGGUGCAAGUUAACCAUUCAAGGGAGGCUAAUGUAACAUUCAUAAUAGUUUGUGGUUGAAAUCCUUCAUUAGGAAAGCUAUUUAUUUCUGUGGAGAGUGAGACAAGUGUUUGUGACUUGGCUUGAUAUGUGUGUGUGUUGUCUCUAAAUGUAAAAGUCAAGGUGCCAAAGAAUACUUUGAAAUAUGUCAAACUUACAAAUAUCACUCAUACAUUCACACUGAGACGCUAUCCCACUUACCAACCCACUCACAGUCUCACACACUUACCAGCCUACUCACACUGUCUCACACACUUACCUACCUACUCACACUAUCCUUUACACCAACCCACUUACUAUUUCUCACACACUUACCAACCCACUCACACUAUCCCUCACACCAACCCACCCACACUAUCCCACUGACACCAUCCCGGUUUUGAUCAUUAUUUAUCAACUCUUAGCGUUUGUGACUCUCCCCCCCCCCCCCCCUCUUAUUUUAAUUUGAACUUCAAAGCCAUAGUUACAGAUGUGUUCAUGUGACCCAAUGAAACAAAGGUGAACAAAGUUGCUGGUAGGAUUUUUCAUAAGAGUUAAGAAAUCACACACAAAAAUUAAUUCUGUCGAAUAUUUUUUUUUCUAUUUUUAAGUUAUUGUUCACAUCUAAUUAAAACUUUUAAAAUUUGUUUUCCCCGAUAAUGGAAUUGUAUUGGAUACUCUCACCAUUGUAUUGGAUACUCUCACUGGAUUUUCAAAAAACAACUGUUUUUAUCUUACAAAUAAAUUGCUUAGACAUCUUAAAAUGCCAACAACAAACCUUUGAGUUGGGUCACUUUGAAAUGUUAUUUUAACAUAAUUAGUUCUUAUCACUGGCAUUUUAAUCUUGUUACAUUUUAAAAUCUUGUAUCAAAGCCACCACUGGACAGAAACAAAGCAAUUAUGUUUUUGUUGUAGCUUAAUGGAAAGGCCUUUAGUUUAUAACUCAUGAAUGACGCAACACAUUGUGAGGCCAUUAGUUUAUAAUUCAUGAAUGACGCAACACAUUGUGAGACACCUUUCAUUAAUACCUAAAUUUUUUGUUGAAGUUCUAUUUUCGUACCAAUAUCCAUGUUCUCAACAAUAUGUACAUAGCAUAUAUAUAUAUAUAUACAUGAUGUUGAUCUAUUUAAAUUUUGUGUACUUAACAUAUUUAUAUCAUCACUGAUGUCUUUGCACAAUGAGACCAUAACUUAGUUACAGCAUUGAUGUUUUUAUUUUAAUUGUGUUCAUAGCAAAGUUGUAUGAUUUAUACCUUUUUAAAAAUAUGUAAAAUGUACCUGGCAUAUUGAGGUAGUCAGUAAUCUAUUGAAGUAAUUAGCAAUGUAUUGAGGCUUAUAUGGCUCCCUCUGUCUCAGAAGACAAUCGAUACGCCCUGAUGAGUCACUGGUUUUGGUUAUUCUGUUGAGGUAUAGUCAGAAACCUAUGUGAUUUUGACUCACAGGGAGCUACUGAAGGCUUGAGAAACUUUUCUUAAGUGACGAUGUGUUCUUGAAGUAGUUUUUAUAAAAUAUUUAUAUGCAUAUAUAAUUCAUUAACUAACUAAACAGUGCUACUGUAUAUAAAAAAAUAACCAAAAAUAACAACUCCUGUGUAAGGUCUAAUGUGAACUUUUGGAAUGAUAAAAAAAUGGUUGUGGUUUCUUAAAGAUGCUUGAAUAGUGCAUCUAAUUCUAAAAUUCAAAUUUGAACAUUUUCUUUUACAUAUAUAUAAACUAAUAGUAAUGUAUUUAUUACUUCAUGUCACAGAAAUACCAUUUUUAAAUGUCAUUUUGUCACUCUAAGAAAUCAGCUUAGCAGACUAUUGAUCUUUGAGUCAUUUGCACAUCUUAUCAACUAUCCUAUGUAAGAAAUGAUGAAAGCCUAUUGUGAUGGCCUCCAAAUCUGAUGUAAGAGUACAAUGUUUUCUGUUGAAUAUGUUUUUUGUGAUGAUAUUAUACUUAAUAGUCCGUCAUCAAUCUGUCAGCAGUUUUUUUUUAUAUACAUAUUAUAUACACAUGUAUACACAGAGGGAUUCUCUUAAUGCUAAACCCCAGAGAACAUAAAGUAUUGUUUUUAAGCUCUAAAUUAUGAAUCUUAUUAUGGAGAUUUGAGAAGCAAAACUACUGGGGAUUUUCACACUAAACUUUAAUCAUGCUAAUCUGCUCUUUUGUUUUCACUGUUAUUUUUAAGACCUGGUAACAUGCUGUAAGCAAUAAAAUGCAGAAAGAAAGAAAAGAAAGCCAUGUGAAGAAAUGUGGUGGUGAUAGAUUGGAAGCUGAAGAAAAAAUAGAAACAUUGGGAAAGAUUUUGAAAUACACA